UUCAAUUUUUUCAAGUGCUUUAUACCAAUAUAUGGUCGACGAUCAUGAGAUUAUCCAUGUCAUUUUGCCAACAAACACAUCAUCAUCAAAACACGCUUGACGUUCCUACUGGCAGGUUGAAAAUGGACAUUGUUACUCCGAGAUGGCAGAAACCAAAGGUGGUGAUUGUAAUGGGCGCAACGGGAACAGGCAAGUCUAAACUCUCUCUAGACUUGGCAACCCAAUGCCCUGCUGAAAUCAUAAAUUCUGAUAAAAUGCAACUUUAUAAAGGACUUGAUAUUACUACCAAUAAAAUCACUGAAGAAGAGAUGUCCGGUAUUCCUCAUCACCUGUUAGGAGUAGUUAAUCCUAAUGUAGAUUUCACAGCUAAAGAUUUCUGCAACAUGGCUUCCCAAGCUAUUGGAUCAAUUUCGACUAGAGGCUUGCUUCCAAUAGUCGUUGGAGGCUCUAAUUCUUACAUUGAAGCCUUGGUAGAUGAUCCAGAUUAUAGAUUCCGGUCAAAAUAUGACUGCUGCUUUCUUUGGGUUGAUGUUCCGAUGCAUGCUUUACAAGAAUUCCUAUUGAAACGAGUGGACCAAAUGGUUAAGAAAGGAAUGAUCGAAGAGGUGAGGAAUAUAUUCGAUCCCCGCGCUGAUUACUCGAAAGGUAUCAGGAAAUCGAUCGGAGUUCCUGAGUUUGACAAAUAUUUAAAAGCUGAAGCAUUCUCUGAUGAAAGAAACUGUGCUAGACUACUUCAACAGGCAAUAUCUGAAGUUAAGCAUAACAACUGCAAGUUAGCCCGUCGUCAACUGGAGAAGAUCCAUAGACUUAAGUAUGUAAAAGGCUGGAAUAUUCACCGGAUCGAUGCGACUGAAGUAUUUCGCAAGCGUGGAAAGAAAGCUGAUGAUGCUUGGAAGAAGCUUGUGGCAAGACCUAGCAUUGACAUUGUUAGGCAGUUUCUUUACAGUGCAAAUACUGCUGCUAAAGUUCCUGCCACUGCAGGAACAACUAAAGAUUACUUUGCAGAAUGCCUUGUCUCUUAAACAAAAAUUGAAAAAUGUUUUACCUUUUCUCCUUUUCUUGUUUAAGUUUACAAAGGAGGAAGGGGGACUUGACCAAGUUGAUACAUGCAACUAUUUGUCAGGUGCAUGCAAUAGUGUAUGAUAUUAAGAUAGUCAUCCUAUUUGAUCAAAAAGAAAGAUAGUCAUCCUAUAACUGUAAUUUGUUACUGUUCCUAUCACUGGAAAUUAAGUUUGACACAGUUUGUGUGUCACCUGUGUGCUACUAAGCGGUGUAGAGUGUAAAACUGAUGCAUAAUUUAAAUUCAGAUUGUCAU